CCAGGCCCUCCUGGUCUGGCAGGGAUGCCUACUCUCUACCUUUGGAGAAAUACAAUGGAUGAAUGGGCUGCCUUCCAGCAUUCUGUUCUCUUCCACUUCCUUCAGUACGGCUGGCCUGUACAACAGGGCCCAGCUGGACCGAGGGGGGAGGCGGGGCAGCCCGGGGUGCAGGGUAAACAGGGGGAUCCCGGACACCCAGGAGUCCCGGGGAGCAGAGGAGACCGGGGUUACCCAGGGCCAAGGGGAGGGCCUGGAAGGACUGGGAUCAGAGGGACGGACGGCAGACAUGGGCUGAAUGGACAACCAGGAGCACCUGGGGUCCCUGGGCUACAGGGCCCUGAGGGCCACACUGGAGAAUUUGCCCCAGCAGGAGAGAAAGGGGAUAAGGGCUUCAGCGGAGAAGCAGGACUAUGCGGAAAUCGAGGGGAGCCUGGCUGGAAGGGGUCAAAAGGUGAACCAGGGCUUAUGGGUGCUGUUGGACCCCCUGGAGCAAGGGGUGUCAGAGGGAUCCCUGGGCCGCGGGGAGCAGCCGGGCCGCAGGGGGAUUAUGGGUCAGAUGGGGCUGCAGGACCUCCAGGAUUACCAGGAGCCCCAGGUUUCACUGGAUGGGUUGGCAUCCAGGGAGCAUCAGGUCCUCUGGGGGAGCUAGGUCUGCCUGGUCCAGCUGGCCAGAGAGGUCCUCAGGGACCUGAAGGCUUAGAAGGAUGGAGGGGCUCCACUGGGCUCCCAGGUCCUCAGGGACAGCCAGGAAAGGAAGGACUACAUGGGCCUAAAGGAGAUACUGGCCAAUUAGGCCCUGCGGGGCCACAGGGUGAGCGUGGUGUGGAGGGCCUCAUGGGUCCAUUUGGCUUUUGGGGUUUGCCUGGGUUUCCAGGGGGCAGACACACUGCAGUCAAGAAAAACUCCCUUUCAUUAAUCGUGAUUAGAGACAUUGUCAAUGUCAGGAACUGCUGCCAACCUUUCCAUAGGGUUUGCGAGGCGCUCCAGGAAUCUGGGGUCCCCAGGGGGACAGGGGUCCAUAUGGGUUACCCGGUGUGCCUGGGUUCAGAGGUCAAGCAGGUCGGCAAGGCUUACAGGGUGAAAAUGGAGAACCUGGUCUCCAGGGAAACGCCGGCAAAGAAGGUCCAAAGGUCAGAGCUGCAUCAGACUUUUGAACAGAGAACCUGA